CAGAUUAAAUUUUUCUAUUCAAUAAAAAUGUCGUUUAAACCAACCAAGGGUCUUUUGGUUAAUGACUGGAAGCGAGAUGUCAUUUACCUUGUCCAGUUCCCACGUACUCAUGUUAUUCCAAGUCCAUCACCUUUUGCACUUAAAUUGGAGACGUGGAUUAGAAUGAAUGGGCUUACUUAUAGAAAUGUAAGCAAUGAACUAACAAAAGGAUCAGCUAAAUGCCAAAUCCCUUUUAUCGAAUUAAAUGGAAAGCAAUAUGCAGAUACUAAGGAAAUAAUUGAAUAUUUAAAAAAUUAUUUCAAACUUUCAAUUGAUUCAAAUUUAAACAUCGUGGAAAGGGCACAUUCAAGAGCUUAUACGAUACUAAUUGAAGAGUCGUUAUUUCGGUGUGGGCAAUACUUUCGAAGUUUUGAUAUUGACUGGUUAUUUACAGAAGAGGGAUUUUUGUCCCAUGUAAAAGGCCUUAAAAAAUUUUUAAUAGGAAAAUUUGGACCUGCAAAGCUUAAAAAUACGUUAAAAAAUAUUGUUUAUGUCCAAGGUUAUGGACGCCAUUCAAAACACGAAGUUGAUGAGAUUGCCAAAAAAGAUUUACUUGCCCUUUCGACUUUACUUGGAGAUAAGCCUUUUCUUUUUGGAAGUACUCCUACUACAUUGGACGCAAUUCUGUUUGGAUUAUUAGUACAGUAUACAGAUACACCCACUUCAGAAGCAAUGAUGCCUUUUAUCGAAAAAAGUGCCCCAAAUCUGUUAGAAUUUGUUUCAUUAAUUAAAAAACGUUAUUGGCCUGAUUGGAAUGAAAUUAUUGAAAAGUUGUUGUUAAAUCCUGAAGAUAAUGAACAUAAAAAGGAACAAAAAUUAAUUUAA